UGGGACUACUGGACUAACUUUCGCUUUUGCUACAUCACUUCCCUUCUUUUUUACCACAGUGACUGAGACUGGCGGGAGAUUUGGAAACAACUCUGUUUCUGUUCUUUUGGGAUCAGCUAUAGAAAUAUUCAAAUUCUCACAGGCAGCUCGCCAGUUGACAGACUGGAGAAUUAAUGGGAGUCGACGGCCAAAUGGACCCAUUAGACCUUCUAACGAACGAAGAGUUGUGGCUUUUUCUCCACCGUAAGAAGACGGAGAUUUCUUGCAUGAAACAACCGCACGCGUUUCUCACACAGCUGCGCGACCACGAUCUGCUGCCGGAGAAACUUUACAAGAAGCUAAAAGGAAUGCGCUCUCAUGAGCAGCGGCAAAAAGGUGUCUAUGAGGUUCUGGAAUGGUUGGAGAAAGAGAAAUCUCAUUACAUGCAUCAGUUCUGGUGCUGUGUGUUUAAAGACCAUAUCCUUCAGCUGUACCCUACACUACGCCUGCUCAGAAGCAGCCUGCUGGACGGCACCUUCAGCUUCAGUGAGAAACCUGUAGUUGAAGAGGGAUUGACGGAGAAGAAACAGACUGAAGGAAAUGGAGAGAAAGAAGAGAGAAAAAACACUAGAAAGCGAAAGAAAAAUGAAAAAACCAGUGAGAAUAGUGAUGGUCCAGGUCCAUCCUCUGUCUCCACACCCAUUAAGAAGAAACCAGCCAAGAAACCCUCCUUCUCAUCUUCCGUAGAGAAGGGAGACACACAGGAGAUUUGGAAGUGGCCUUUUUAUAAAUCUCAGCUGCCAGUAUCCUGUGGGAAUAAAGAGGGCACUCUUCAAAGGGACAGGCUAGCCAAAGGAGAGGAGUGUGUUUUUGCACAGGGACACUGGUUCACCCCAUCUGCUUUUGAGCAGUAUGGAGGCAAGAAAAGGCACAAAAACUGGAAACUGAGCAUCCACUGCAGAAACACACCACUCAAGAAACUCAUAGAGGAAGGCCAUCUACAGGCUCCACCGAUGAAACAAAGAAAGAGGACCUGUGUCCAAAACAGCAUGACAGAACUUUUUCCUGUCAGCUCCUCAGAGAGCUCCAGUGCAGAAUCCAGUACACUGAUGGAGGAGGAAAGGGACGCGGAUGAUUUUGAGAAACAGAGAGGGCAAGUGGGUGUAAUGGAGUUUAGAGGGAGAGGAGAGAAAGAGGAAGUUGAGGAGGAAGCAGAGAUGGAAGAUCUAUCUGUUUUCCAGACCCCAUAUUUACCGGUCAAAUGUGUUUCUAUUUCCGGGAUGCUACACAAAUAUAGGUUUGCAUCAGGUUUGCGUGGGAAGUGUAUACGUACUGAUGGGGGCUGGUUCACUCCAGACGAGUUUGUAAGGCUGGAACCCUCUCUCACUGAUGGACUCUGGAAAAGAGACAUACUGUGCCAUGACAAAACUCUCAACUUCUUAUUGAAGAAAGAGAUUCUGCGAAUCCAUUUGCUUCUGUGUAAGUGCGAGAAAUGCAGUGAUCAAGAGCAUGACCUGUUGGCACAGAAAAAUGACGACAUAUGUUAUGUGUGUGACUCUGUGGGAAAACUUUUGUGCUGUGACGAGUGUCCACGAGCUUUUCAUCCAAACUGUCACCUGCCAGCUGUACAUGGAGACACACCUGGAGAAUGGAUGUGUACUUUUUGCGUGUUGCGGGCCAAUCAGCAAUGGUUUUACUCAAUGACUGAACAAGAUGCUUUAAAUGCCCCAGUGUCCCAAAACAGACUGCAAUGCCAAUAUCUCCUGUUACGUGUGUAUAGAGAGGAUGUCCAGCGAGUGUUUGUAAAGGAUCCUCGCAGAACAGUUGCCAGAUACUCUCAGUUCAUAUCUCAGCCCAUGUGGCUGGACAGAAUAAAGCAGAAGUUAGAGCAUGUUGAAUAUCAGACGGUUGGAGAGUUCGUCUCAGACUUUCAGCUCAUCUUCAGUAACUGCAGCAGACUCAACAAGGACAAUGAGUUUGGCAGAAUGGGUGCCAGGCUGAAGGAAUUGUUUGAAAAGGAGUUCAAGACCAUCUUCACUAUCUAAUAGCAUCUCGCUUUCCAACUCUGACAAUGUCCUUAUGAUGUCUAACAAAGUCCUUCUGAAAUACAGAGGAGAGUAGAAUACAUUUGAAUAUUCAUUGGAUCUCAUUAUAAUGUAUAUAAGAUCAUGAAACAAUUAAACAUUUAUGACUUGUU